CUUACAAUCACGAACCGAAAGCUCCAUUUUUUUUUGCCAUAUGAUGAAUUCCUGAUCUUUGAAGGAUAAUUGUUGUCUUCAAUAAUCAUAUGUUUUGAGCUAUCUGAAUUGCUAUGUCGAGAAGUGUGGUCCACCAGCAUCACGCAGGGGAUGGGGAUCGAAUCAGCCAACUCCCGGCAGAGAUACUCGACCAUAUCAUGGGACUAUUGCCUAUAGAACAAGCUGCUAAAACUGCAGUUUUGUCUAGGGUUUGGAGAGAUGUGUGGUCCAGUCUCUCGCGGUUGUGCUUUGAUGAUAACUUCUUUCGUAUUUUUCCUAAGAAAUGCCCUCGGGGCAUCAAAUGCGUCACGAUAUAUUCAUGUUUCUAUGUAAUCAACAACAUUCUCUUGCACCACAAGGGAUCUAUCCGGAAAUUUGUGUGUCUUCGUUCAUGGCCUGUAACACUAGAUGUUAGGUGUGAGUCGCCUGCCACAGAUAAGUUGUUGAUGUUGGUCACAGGACAAGGUGUCGAAGAAAUCAAGCUUUGUUUUGUUAAUGGUAAAUAUAAGCUGCCGGAUUGCAUUUUUUCGUGCUCAACACUCCGGAUAUUACAUCUGGAAUGGUUUUAUAUUGAACCACAAAGUUCCGCAGGCAUUUUACCCAAUGCUACGUCACUUAGUUUUAAAUGUUGUGACUUUGGUACUAGAGGUCUUUCGAGCUACGUUGUUGAUGUUCUCAAGCUGGAGAAUUUGUCAUUUAUGUAUUGUACGAAUCUGUUUCACUUUAACAUUGGUGCUAGAAAUCUUUACAGUUUGACAAUCAACCAUUGUUUUAGUCGCAAAACGGGCAACUUUAUCCCGGUGAACUUGAACUUGAGUUCUAUUAGCGUUCUUGAUAUAGACAGUUACAGUCUCCAGGGUUUUCUUGGCCAAUAUACUUCAAAGGGACUCUCAUUACAACCAUUUGCACUAAAUGUUGAGCGACUCAAACUAUCCGAAUUCUGUUUCCAAGAUGAUGCUAGGAUUUCUGCAUUUGUAUGCUUGCUGUGCAAAUGUCCAAAGCUAUCCCAUCUUGAAAUAGGCUUUGAAGAUGUGGUAUUCACGUUGGCUGGGGAUAUUAACAAGCGUGUAGAUUCCGGACUGUUGGAAAAACUCCUUAGUGUGGUACGAACACACAAAUUGCUUUCGUCUUUGAAGCUUAGCUCGUUCACAGGAUUGAGGCCCCAAAUGCAUUUUAUCGAGGAGAUGCUUGCCUGUCUUCCAUCGCUUGAAGAGGUUGUCAUUAUUUGUUUGCCCCAUAGGUUUGAUUGGAACAAAAAAUGUGACAUUUUUGAAGAAAUUUCGCAUUUCACGGGUGCAUCCCACAAAGCAAAAAUUGCUUAUCGGUAACUUAUCUUUUCAAGUCGAGUCUACCAUCCAGUGCAAAUCACUUUUGUCAUUGUGGUUAGUGAUAUAUUGAUAUGCCUAAUGGUUGUAUGAAUCGCUAUGAUAUGCCAAAUGGAUGCGGUUUCUAACUUGGUGUGCUCCACGAAAGGUUUGAGAUUGCGUAUUUUUACGCCCGA